CUUCCGGGAGUGGCGACGGAGGACAAAAGAACUACAUUUCCCGUCAGAAGCCUGAUAAGCCCCGCCUCUUAUGGAGGUUCAGGAAGCAGUAGGCGUGUUUUCAUGCUGUCAUAUGGAGAAUGGCACCGGGACUGUUUAAAUGCGUCGAGUGCAACGAAGAUGCAAACGAAUUGCAUCGAGAUUACAGCAACGGAAUACUGAAGAUCACGAUAUGUGGUUCAUGCAAGAAACCAGUUGACAAAUACAUUGAAUAUGAUCCAGUUAUUAUUUUGAUAGAUGCAACUUUAUGCAAAAUCCAGGCCUUUAGACAUAUCCUCUUCAACACUGAAAUCAAUAUCCACUGGAAACUGUGUGUGUUUUGUCUGCUGUGUGAGGCAUAUCUGCGCUGGUCCCUCCUGCAGGGGUCCCAGUCCAGCGAUGACCCCGCUGAUAUCAUCCGUUACACUAAAGAAUGGGAGUUUUAUUGCAUGUUUGCACUGGCUGCACUGGAGUUGGCCGUGUUCUGCAUAGGUGUGUUAUUCAUUCUCUGGACGGUGCAGCGCUUCCGUGGUUCCUCUUUAGAAUUCACUCCGCUGUUGAAGGCGCUUCUUCUGUCCAGCUACGGCAAAGUGCUGUUAAUUCCGGCUGUCAUCUGGGAGCAUGAUUUCUCCCCGCUCUGCUUCAGCCUCAUACGACUCUUUGUUCUGACCUCCAAUUCCCAAGCCAUUAGAGUGAUUCUGAACUGCAGUCGGCGGCUGUCUCUCCUGUCGGUGUGUGGUGGCUUGCUGUUAGAGACCUGGGUUGCCCAGGCUUUAAAAACACUGCAAGUCUGUUCACAAGACUAUCUGUCAAUGCUCUAGACUAGAAGAACAUGAGGACUUCACUCCAGGACUCUGAAAUGCUCUAUGAGUUCAUGCAAACCUUCCUCAAGACUGCCGUCAGCAAAGAAAGUUUGCAUUACGAAACUGUUUACCUUGUAAAAUCUCAGAUGUGAAAGUACAGACAUGCUUGUCAUUACUUCGAAGAUGUUGUUUGAUCAGGAUGUUCUGUGCAAAGAAAUUCAUUGGCAAGGCCAAGUGAAACUAAGUGAGGUCAUAAAGAGCAAAUUGUUUUUCUUUACUAUGGUUACCACAUGAUUCUGAGGUUUUUUCAUGCAAAUAUGGCUGGUUUUACUCAGCUAACACCAUUUAAGACCAGUAUUUUGUCUUCAAUUGUGAAUUUUCCUCACACAGAAGGGCUAGUUUGGGUCCAUGUGGACAAAAAGCGAGCCUGUGCAUUUUGACUAAAUCCUGUAUGUUUAUAAAGACUUUGAAAGCACAGCUUCACAUUCCUGAGGUCAUUUGUCAAAUUCCUCAAUUAGCUCUGCUGAGAGAAGAUGUUGACUCAAAUGUACUGCAGAUGCCUGUGGACUAGUGUCGACACGAUAUGUUCACUUACUGUAAUGGCCUGAACGCCGUCUGGUUUGUAUUGGAAGGUUUAUGUAUGGACUUUCAUGCUGAUGUAAUUUAUCCUUGUUACGUAAAUGUGAAGUGUGGGCCUUCAGUAUGAACUUGUGCAACUUGUUCUGAUAGAAACUCAGGGAGUAAAUCGCACACUUCAUUGUGAAACUGGAUGUUUUGUAACGGUUUAGCUGAGGGGGAUUGUGGUUAUUAAAGGCUAUGUGUUGAUUUA